AUGCUGGUUUCCAACAAUUCAUAUGUAGCCCCUCAAUAUUUUAUUCUUAAUGGCAUUCCUGGUCUGGAAAGAGUACAUGUGUGGAUCUCCCUCCCAUUGUGCAUGAUGUAUAUCAUCUCCCUUGUGGGGAACCUUGGUCUUGUGUAUCUCAUUUAUUAUGAGGAGUCCUUACAUCGUCCAAUGUAUCUCUUUCUGGCCAUGCUCUCCCUCAUUGACCUUUUUACCUGCACCACCACACUACCCAAUGCACUCUGCAUCUUCUGGCUCAAGCUCAAAGAAAUUAAUUUCAAUGCUUGCUUAGUUCAGAUGUUCUUCGUUCAUGGGUUCACAGGUGUAGAGUCUGGCGUGCUCAUGCUCAUGGCUGUGGACCGCUAUGUGGCCAUUUGCUACCCUUUGCGCUAUGCUAGCAUACUCACUAACCCUAUCAUUGCCAAGGCUGGGCUUGCCACCUUCCUGAGAGGUGUGUUGCUAAUGAUUCCCUUUCCAUUCUUGGUCAAGCGUUUGCCUUUCUGCCAAAGCAAUAUCAUUUCCCAUACAUAUUGUGACCACAUGUCUGUGGUAAAGUUAUCCUGUGCCAGCAUCAAAGUCAAUGUUAUUUAUGGCUUAAUGGUUGCUCUCCUGAUUGGUGUGUUUGAUAUAUGUUGUAUAUCUGUGUCUUACACUAUGAUCCUGCGAGCAGUGGUCAGCCUGUCCUCAUCAGAUGCUCGGCAGAAGGCCUUCAGCACCUGCACUGCUCAUAUAUCAGCCAUCAUCAUCACCUAUGUUCCAGCAUUCUUCACUUUCUUUACACACCGUUUUGGAGGGCGUACUAUUCCCCCCUCUCUUCACAUCAUCGUAGCUAAUCUUUAUUUGCUUCUUCCUCCAACUUUAAAUCCCAUUGUUUAUGGGGUAAAAACAAAGCAGAUCCGAGACAGUGUCACAAAGUUCUUCCAGGGUUCAAGGUGA